AUGCAGUGCUGCGACGUCUUGGGAAAAGCUCCAACAAAGGAGUCGUGUCAUGAAAUUCUUGAUGGUUUGAAUGAGUCCUAUGAAGCUACUCGACGUCACAUUCUGAUGCUGAAACCUAUUCCACCAAUUGAGGAAGUUUUUAACUUGGUUACUCAAGAUGAGCGUCAGAAGAGUAUUAAGCCGGCUACAAGAGUUGAUAAUGUUGUCUUUCAAAACUCGACGAGUGAAUUUGAUCAGUCUCACUACUCUGGACCAGUUGAGAAUGCGGCUUAUGCUACUGUGAACAACAACAACUCCUAUCAUUCUAGGCCACGUCCCAUUUGUACUCAUUGCGGCGUUGCAGGACACAUUGUGCAGAAAUGUUUCAAGUUGCAUGGUUAUCCGCUUGGUCACAGAUUCUACAACAACAACAACUCUCAACGAAGCAAUUCUCAGAACAAUCCUCAGUCUGGUUCUUCUCAGAGACAACUUCAAACAAAGCCUGCCCAAUCUUACUCUAAGCAGAACAACGUUGCUAAUGCCACAACUGCUUCUUCGAUUGCUUCUCAGGCAGGGACUUUGGAUCUGAGUGCUUUUCAUCCUGAUCAAGUUCAUCAGCUCAUUCAACAGUUACAGUCUCAUAUGCGACCUCUUGAACCUCCUGCUUCACAGUCAUUGGUCAAUGCGUCAAUCACAGACAAAGGUUUCAUGGCUGCUCAAUCUUCAAGUGGAGUUACAGUCUCUCUUCCAAAUGGUGCUAAGGAACCGAUAACUCAUACUGGCACAGUGCAUUUAUCUGAAUCACUUGUCUUGUUGAAUGUCUUACAUAUGCCAUCUUUCCGGUUUAAUCUCAUAAGUGGCUUGAUGAUUGGUAGAGGUUCUGUGAUUCACAAUCUAUACAUUCUUGAUCAACAUAUGCUUUCUUCGUCGUUGAACUUCUGUGGAUCCUUGAAGGUUGAUGGUUCUCUUUGUCAUCAACGCCUCGGACAUCCGUCAUCUGCCAAGUUACAACAUCUCUCUGCUGAUAUUGCUUUAGAUAAGUCUUCUUUACUUGAACAUGCUAGUUGUCCUGUCUGUCCAUUAGCUAAGCAGCGUCGUUUACCUUUUCCACAUAAGAAUAACAUGUCUAAGGAACCAUUUGAUCUUAUUCACAUAGACACUUGGGGUCCUUUUAGUGUUGAGUCUGUUGAGGGUUACAAAUACUUUCUUACAAUUGUAGAUGAUCAUACUCGUAACUCCAUCAUUACUUUGAACAAAAUCUCUCCUUAUGAGAAGUUAACAGGAAAGAAACCUGAUUACAGUUUCCUUAAAUCGUUUGGAUGCUUGUGUUAUGCAUCAACUUUACAAAAGGAUAGACAUAAAUUCUCACCUCGAGCUGAACCUUGUAUUUUCUUAGGUUAUCCAUCAGGCAUUAAGGGUUACAAGGUUCUCAAUAUUGAAACUCGUACUGUCUCUGUCUCUCGUAAUGUUCUAUUUCACGAAACUGAUUUUCCCUUUAUGAAACUUGAGAGUAGUUCCCAACCAGAUAUUAUCUUCUCUAAAUCCAUAUUGCCAUUGCCUGUUCCUGUUGCCAUUGAUUCUGCCAUUCCUGUUCAUGUUCCUUUGCAUUCACAUGCAUCAUCAUCCUCUGCAUUACCAUCGGUUCCUUCUAGUGUUCCUUUGGAUGGAGGAGCUGUGGCUUCUGGAACAACAGAUACUGGACUUGGUAGAGCUCGGCCAAAACAAACAGGUAAGGCCCCUACCUAUCUUUCAGAUUACCAUUGUUCUCUGAUUUCUAUGGAUUCUUCUUUGAACAACCAUUAUGUUGCUAAUAUCAUUUCUUCAUCAUCAUCAGAACCCCUUUAUCCACUUUCAUCUGUUCUCUCCUAUGAUAACCUCUCCUUUUCUUUCAAAGAUGCUGUUCUUACAUGUUCCCUUGAGACAGUACCUACAUCUUUUAAGCAAGCCGUGAAGUCUAAGUUCUGGACAAAAGCAAUGAAUGUGGAGUUUGAGGGAAUGGAUCGUAAUGAGACUUUCACUGUUGUUUCUCUGCCCCCGGGUAAAAAUGUUGUGGGUUGCAGAUGGAUCUAUACGAUCAAAUACAAUGCAGAUGGUACUGUGGAGAGACCCAAAGCACGUCUUGUUGCUAAAGAAUAUACACAACAAGAGGGCCUUGAUUACACCGAUACCUUCUCUCCAGUGGCUAAAAUGACCAGUGUGAAGCUUAUUCUUAGUCUUGCUGCUUCGCAUGGUUGGAGUCUGGAUCAAAUGGAUGUUACUAAUGUUUUUUUGCAUAGUGAGCUCAAUGAGGAGAUAUACAUGAGCUUACCAUUGGGUUAUACUCCACCUCCUGGUGUUAGCUUGCCACCAAAUCCGGUUUGUCGUCUCAACAAAUCAAUCUAUGGUCUUAAGCAGGCGUCUAGACAAUGGUACAACUGCUUCUCUUCCGUUCUUCUAGCUGAUGGGUUCUCACCUUCUCCAGGAGAUCACUCUCUCUUUGUGAAGACGUCUGGAUCAUCCAUUAUUGCGUUGCUUGUCUACGUUGAUGAUAUUCUCAUCGCUAGCAAUGAUCCUCAAGCUGUUCUUGAUGUUAAGAAGGUUCUUCAUCAAGCUUUCAAGAUCAAAGACUUAGGUCCUGCUCGAUUCUUUCUUGGACUGGAGAUAGCAAGAAACUCGACAGGCAUUUCUGUCUCUCAACGAAAGUAUGCAUUGGAUCUUCUUGCUGAUACGGGUUUCCUUGCAUCAAAGCCGUGUGCAGUCCCAAUGGAUCCCUCUAUUCCUUUGAGUGCAACUACUGGAGUCUCUUUACCUGAUGCUACUCCUUAUCGUGAGUUGAUUGGACGGUUGUUCUAUCUCACGAUAACACGGCCUGAUAUUACUUAUGCUGUCCAUCGGUUGAGUCAGUUUCUCUCUGCUCCUACUGAUGUCCACUUUCAGGCUGCUCAAAGGAUCAUUCAUUAUCUGAAGUCUAAUCCUGGCCAAGGUCUGUUCUAUGCUGCUGACUCAGAGACAUGGUUAAAUGCUUUUGUAGAUGCAGAUUGGGCUUCUUGUCCUGAUACUCGACGCUAUGUUACUGGCUUCUGUGUGUAUCUUGGCAAAUCUUUGAUAAGUUGGAAGUGUAAGAAGCAGCAGACACAGUUGCUUACUGAUUUGAAGAUCAAGGUUCACCACACGGCUAAGCUCUUUUGUGACAACAACUCUACCAUUCACAUUGCGACUAAUCCGGUGUUUCAUGAACGCACGAAACACAUAGAGAUUGAUUGUCACACGACACGUGAUCAGGUCAAGAAGGGCUUCAUCAAGCUCAUACAUGUUAUCAGUGCUGACAAUCAUGCGGAUAUCUUCACUAAGCCGCUUCAUCCAUCUCCAUUCCAUCACAUCCUCUCACGUAUGUCUGUUUCAAGCCUCUUCACUCCAUCAUCAUCUUCAACUUCCACUUCAUCAUCUCUACCUUCCACUUCAUCAACUCUACCUUCUAUACAGUUUAAGUUUUUGUGCUCUCUCUCUCAAUAUCUUGAUAGUAAUCCGGAACUCUCUCAACAGGAUGAUGAGAUUGAGCUGGAUAUUGAUAGUCUUGACAUCCAGACGCUUUGGGAGCUUUAUAGUUUUGUGACUGGGUAUAAGGAGAGCUUGAGCAUUAAAAAGGAGGAGGAUCAGGGGUUUGGUUCAGAACGAGAUGCUGAAUCUGCUCACAACAUUAUCCAAGAACCGGCAACUGGCACCGAAAGAUCGAGAGUUACUGAAUCAGGGAAAGCUAUUCGCAUGUCUUCUUCUCCUGUUCGGCAAGAAAACAAGGCAGGUGGAUCAAGUAGUUAUAACAGUUCCAGCAGUGACUCAGGAUCUAGCUCUAGUGAUUCUGACAGUGACAGCUCCUCUGGACGUGGAUCAGAUACUGGUAAUUAG